ACAUAGAAAGGGGGGUUUAAACGGGUUGAAAACAGGAAAACGGGGGUAGUGACAGGGAUUAAUUAUCACUUUGGAAUCGUGUGUGAAAAUUUCCCGUAGCUUUGAAGUACCAUCAGUCAUGGCUCUGGGUCUUUUUAAGGAAAAGUGAGAGAAAUCCGCACUGGUCGGCCCGAAGUCAGCUUAGUCAGUGGGGGAGAGAGGGCGGAGAGUUAGAUGAUUUUUUUUCCGCUGUAAAAGAAGUUAUUUGUUUAUGUUGUUCAACGCGGAUAUGUCCUCUUCAAAUCCAGACCUAGCAGACCAUAGUCUGGAUAUGGGAGCAAGUGGGACCCAGAACGGCGGUGCUGGUGGACCGAAGGGGACCAACAAAAGACGGGCAGCGCAGGACUUUGAUGACGAUGACGGAAGCAAGAUGAUAAGAUUUGAUGAUGAAACGGGAGGCUCCAGCAAUGAAAAAGAGCGCUUUGCCAGGGAGAAUCACAGUGAGAUUGAGAGGCGGAGGCGGAACAAGAUGUCUGCCUACAUCGGAGAACUGUCGGACAUGGUUCCCUCGUGCAGCGCGUUGGCACGGAAACCAGACAAGCUGACCAUCCUGCGAAUGGCAGUCUCUCACAUGAAGUCUCUCAGAGGAAACGCCAAUACUAAUGCCGACGGGUCAUACAAACCUUCUUUUCUCAGCGAUCAGGAACUUAAGCACCUCAUUUUGGAAGCAGCGGACGGCUUCCUGUUCGUGGUAUCAUGCGAGACGGGCCGUGUUGUUUACGUCUCGGACUCGGUCACACCUGUACUUAACCAGUUGCAGUCUGAAUGGCUGGGAUCUUCUCUUUAUGAUCAGCUCCACCCAGACGACACAGAAAAGCUCAGGGAGCAGCUCUCCACUUCGGAGAACAACAACACGGGGAGGAUGUUGGACCUGAAGACAGGAACUGUGAAAAAGGAGAGUCAGCAGUCAUCAGCUAGAAUGACAAUGGGGGCGCGCCGAUCAUUCAUCUGCAGAAUGAGGUGUGGAACAUGCCCAGUGGAACCAAUGUCUAUGAACAGGCUCAGCUUUUUCAGGAGUAGGAACAGGAAUGGUUUAGGAACACCCAAGGAAGGGGAACCCCAGUACGUUGUGGUCCACUGUACAGGAUACGUUAAAUCCUGGCCCCCCGCGGGUGUAUCAUUAACAGACGAUGAAGCAGACAACAAUCAGGGGAGUCGCUACUGUCUAGUUGCCAUUGGGAGAUUACAGGUCACCUGUUGCCCUGGUGACACAGACCUAAACAGCAUCAGCGUUCCUGUAGAGUUCAUCUCCCGCCACAACUGCCAGGGCAUGUUCACCUUCGUAGAUCAUCGCUGCUUGACCUCGAUCGGCUACCAGCCCCAGGAAUUACUGGGGAAGAAUAUUCUAGAUUUUUCACACCCUGAAGACCAGGGUUUGCUGAGAGACAGUUUUGACCAGGUGGUUAAGCUGAAAGGCCAGGUUCUGUCGGUCAUGUUUCGGUUCCGGGCCAAAACGAGAGACUGGAUGCUGAUGAGAACGAGCUCCUUCACCUUCCAGAACCCCUUUUCAGAGGAGAUCGAGUACAUCAUCUGUACCAAUGUCAAUGUCAAAAACUCAACCCAGGACCCUCUCACUCUCAUCUCCUCCCCCGGGGCUCCAAUGCCCCUGGCUCAGAGCAGCCCAAACGGCCAUCCUGUUGUGCUCAGCCCAGGCCCGAUGGCCGCCAGACAGCUACAACAGCAGCAGCAGCAGGCCGAUCUGGAGGGAGGGGCAACAAGAGAUGGGAUGUAUGAGGCGGGACCAAUCAAUAUCCAGCAACAGAUGCCGGUGCAGCCAGUGGUAGCGGUGGGGCCGGACCACAGCAAAACCAUAGAGAAGCAGGAGAUCUAUCCGCCCAUCUUCCCAGGGUCAGAUCAGACCAAGGGCAUGCCGACCAACUCGACGCCUUCCACUCAGAUUUACACCAACAACUUUUCUGCUGGUCGCUCCAAUGACUCAUACAGACCAGUCGCUAUGCCGCCACAGAUGACACAGCCGGCGCACUCGGCACCGCAGAUGCUGCCUCACAUGCCUCGCCAAAAUGGCGCCCCGCAGUCUGUUACCCCAUCAAGCACUAACAGCCCCCUCCAUGGACCGUCAGGAGGAUGGCCUGCACCAGGACCUGCAGGCAGGCCGCAGUUCAGUAACCAGCAGGUUGCUCCGCAGGCAGCAAAGACGAUGUCUCAGCAGUUUCCUCCAAUCGGAGGAUUCGGAGGCGGCUCUUCUAACACCUUCAGCCAGAUACCCACCGGUGCCGCUCCCACCCCCACCAACGGCACAAACUACCCUCAGAUGAAUCCCCGCACCAGCCUCAACACCAACGGCUACGACACUUCCCAGUCUGGAGGCCAGUUUCCACCUCGAGUGACGGAGGGGGUGUGGCCUCAGUGGCCGGGCCAGCAGCAGCAUCCUCAGAACAACAGAGAGCAGCAUCCUCACGCUCAGGGAAACCAGCAGGACAUAUUUCCUGAUGUGUUGUCUAUGCUAGACCAGCCUGCCGCCUUUAACAGUGACGACUUUGAGAUCGCCAUCUACCCGCCGUACGAGUGACCAGCGCUACGCCUCUCUUCUUCCUCCCCUGGGUGAAUUUUUCCUUCACAUCUUCUGCUCCUGAACUCUUCCUCCUCCUCACAGUGGCAGUCUUCCCUUUCUUUCUGUGGCCUCGCUGUAAGUCAGGUAAAGAGGAAGGGAUAUUUUACUGCACCUAAAUUAAGUAGAAAGUGAAAGAAUAACAUUAUAAAAAAAACAGAGAUAUUAUUUUCACAAUAUUCCAAUCAUUGUAAGAGAUUGCUGCAGCUAGCACUACCCAAAGCUCCAUACCGGUGUUGUAGAUAUGUGAUAUUAGUAUUUUUGAAUAGAAAGAUAUAAGACGCACAAUCGCACCACCACAUGUGGAUGGACUGCACAAAAAAAGAAAAAGAAAAUACACUCUGCCACUCUUUGAAAACACACACACACAGAUAAAAUGGCCUUUUAUUGCAACAUGUCAGUGAUUUUUCUCAGGAUUACUAGAAUAUUUUCCUAUUUUACUCCUUAGCAGGUAUACUAAGUAUUUCAGAGAAUGAUUUAAAACCUUGGAAAAUAGCAGUAAUAUAUAUGUUCAUUUAAUUAGAUUUUUUUUUUUUAUUCAUUAUGAAUCCACAGCAUGUAUUUGCAUGAUUUACAGCGUUAAAUAUUCUGCAGAUCUAUAUGUAAUUUAACGUAUACAUGGCUGACUUCACCUAUAAAAGUUUCUUUACCCAUUGAGUUACUUUGACAACACAUGUGGACGGCACCAUAUCUUUUAUUCAGUCUCUCUGCUGGCUUUUUAUUUUACAUUUUUUCAUUGCUGAUACACGACUACAGCCCCCAUGUGUGCGACUUUGUAAGAUUUAUGCAUAAUUAACAAAAGGUUGUUGGGUAUCUGCCUUGUGUCAUUUACCCUACAUUUGGGGGCUUUUUGUACUCCUUUUGUAAAAGAAAUGUAUAUGUAUAAAAAAAAUAAUCAGCAGCAAUAAUUGACAGACAGGAUUCAUAUAUUUUUAAAGCCAUUUUUACCUUUCUUUUUAAUGUUUUAAAAUGCAGAGAUGUGAUUGUAAUCUUCGGAUUUUAAUUAUGCUUCUUGAGUAUUUUAUUGAGCUAUUCGUCGCUUCUCUCGCGUUGCUGUUUUACGGUUAGAUCAGGGUAUUCAAGCAAGUGGACCUAAAUGUGAGAAUGUACAAACAGGUUAUUUUGUUUCUGCCUCAGUGUUUUUCUCUUUUUGUUCAUGAUGUUUGGGUGAGGACUCAACUUUUGCCAACAGGAUGUGUUUUGGACAGCUUUCACAGUGGAGCAACGCGAGAUAAACAUCUUUCACUUUUAAAAUGUUGAAUUUGAGGUUAAGUGUUUUAUUCUUCCUUGUCUGUGUGUAACAUUCACACACUUGUAAAAGCAGACUAUGUAAUUGCAGUGUAGAUAAUUGAGUGUUUUCUGAGCUUCCAAAGGAUGGCAUGUUGGUGAUUUGUGUUCGUUCUUUGAUGAUUUUUGUGUUCAAAGCAACCGAUUACUCUGUAUACAGGUUUAUUUUUCACUCUUAGAAACACAAAUAUAUAAAUAUACUGUAUAUGUUUAUGAAAUUUUAAGAGAAAUAUUUGUUGUUUUUUGUAUUAAAUUGUUAUAUUGUCAA